AUGGAUGCUGCGGGCAGUUUCUCUGGACUUCCCUGGCAACUGCAUAGUUUGACCAGUGACCAAGUUGCUCCUAAAGUUUUUAUUAUUACUAUGUUCAGCCAGGAAGCCGCGAGUUGGCUUGCGGAUGAUAGCCUUGUCAGGUUCAACCAGGUGAUCCAUGUUCCUGGCUUAUCUCACGAUUAUGAUGUUGUACAUUAUGACUCCGAGAAAGGCAUCUGUCUUUUGACCACGGGAAUAGCAUUGGUCAACGCAGCACUGUCCAUCUCAGCACUCACUACAUCACCUCUGUUCGACCUUACUAAGACCUACUUCAUUCUCUCUGGCAUUGCUGGUGUAAAUCCCAAAGUAUCCACUAUCGGCUCAGUGGCACUUGCAAGAUUCGCUGUGCAAGUAGAUAUACAGCUGGAAUUUGAUACUAGAGAAACGUCACCAUCGUGGAAAACUGGUUAUCUGCCAAUCGGAGCGCCUUCGCACGGCUCAUUCCCGCGCAAUUUCACUGGUUCAGAGGUUUUUGAGCUCAACGACAAUUUGAGGAAGCUUGCUAUGAAAUUCGCAAGAGAUGUGGAUCUGGUUGACUCCGAAGCAGCGAUUGAUAAUCGAGCUUUGUAUGCCGGAUCGGCAGGUGAUAUGUUUGCUGCUGCGACCAUGCAGCCAAGUAUUAGUGAAGGCGAUGUCACAGCUAGUAACAUGUUCUUCCAUGGGAGGCAUCUUGCUGAGGGUUUUGAGGAUCUUGUUGGCCUAUACACGGCUGGCCAGGCUCAGUACUACAUGACGGCGAUGGAAGAUACGGCAGUAUUGGCUGCUCUGCUUAGAGCUGCACUUCAGAAGCGGGUCGAUUUUUCCCGUAUUGUUCUGAUGAGGGCAGGGUCGAAUUUUGACCGGAGUCAUAGUUCUAGCUUCGUCGCAUCAUUACCGUUUAUUAUCGAUCACGGUGGCUUUCAACCAGCGUGCAGGAAUUUGUAUCUUUCAGGGAUUCAGGUGAUUGAAGGUAUUCUAGGAAACUGGACCUUUUUUAAGAUAGGUGUGAAAGCUGAUAAUUAUAUUGGCGAUAUUUUUGGUUCGCUUGGUGGGACACCAAGUUUUGGGCCGAAAGCAAAGGCUUGA